AUGGCUUUUGCAGACAAGAUUGAAGGACAUCGACUAUACCUUAUGACUGAGUUGUCACUUAGCACCAAGUCGAAAAGUAAGCUUUUUUGGUCAAAUUUAUACAAGCUUCCAGAUGAGCUCGAGGCUCGGUAUUUGCAAGAGGUAUUGAAGAUUAUCCAGAAAUGCGAAAAGGUGCAAAAUCAGGAAACUAUUGAUGCUUUAAUUGCAAGGGAUCUACCUAAUUAUAUAAUGGCUUAUUCAGAUAAACAAGACAAGUCUUUGGCUGUGGUUAACCAGAUUAUUCUGUUGAUAGUGGUACUUGUUGAUAAUUACUACUCAUCCGCUAUUAAAAACGAUAGCAGUAAGCAAAUUUGGAAUAAGUUUAUUAUCAAAUUUGUCUCUUCAGUUGAUAAAUAUACCGGUGGCACAUUUAAUUUCACAAACUUGGUAAAAAAAGUAAAACCGAUUUUAUUGCAAAGUCUGUUGGAAAAAUUGCAAGAUUCACAGAUUAUUCGACUCGAUGAAGGUAUUUGUGCCUCUGCUACAGAACAAAGUGAAAUCUUACCCGUUUCCCUAGUGAUUCAUAACAAACUCGAGUUUUAUCUAAAUGUAAAGAGAAUUUGUUGGUUUUAUCAGUUUUCAAAGGACUUUAAGAAAUUGGAAAUUUUGCAAAAUCCAACUACAUUUUUGAAACAUUUUGUACAAGAAUGCAUAUCUCCACAAGUUCAGAGUGAUAAUCACUAUAUUGCUAAUGCAUUUACUAAUGCGGUCUUUGCAAAUUUGAGCUUGAACGUCUCUGGAUACCACUUGUUUAAUGUAAAGAAUUUUAUUUUAACUAAACUUACAUUGAUUUUCAAAGAUUUAAAUUUUAAGGAGCAAGAAGUAUCUGAGUUAUUAGCGGACAAUUUGAAGUCAUUAACCAUGGUGGAUGCAAAUAUGAAGCGAAUGGUUUUGGAGGCCAUGAAGUGUAACAGUGUAGGCGACGACAAUAGUGUUGAGUUGAGAGCUAAGUUUAGUGAGACUUUGGUCAAUGUGAAUCUGGGAUUCACGUCGCUUGAAGAAAGUGGGCUUAUUGAAUUGAUUAACGAAUUGCCCAAGAUUCUCUUGACCGAUAAGCGACAACAAAUUGCAUCAAAUAUGAUACUUGAUAUGAUUGAUGGUUUUGUUCGCUCAAAAGAAUUGGAGAAAUUGAAUCGUUUGUUACUCGCAUUGAUGAACAAUGUCGAAUUGGUCAACAUCAUUUUAUUCCACACCAACAUGACUCUUUUAAAUAAACUAAUAGACUAUAUUGAUUUUGAAAAUUUCAAAAUCGAUUCAGAUGAGGAUGAAUUUCAGGAAUAUUACUCAUACUGUGGUGUUGCUAUUAUCAGUAUAAUCCUUAUUUUGAAAGUUUUUGACAUUGAUUUUUCGAAAAUCGAUAUCAAAGACUCAUUUGUGAUAAGCUACAUCAACUCAUUUUUCUACAGAUUAGGGUCCAAUCUCACCAGCAACGCACCCACAAAGAAUGAAAAUGCCGAGGAAGACUCUACAAUAAUAACAAAUUAUAACACACUAUUAUCGGAAUGGAUCAAUUCUUUAUUUGACGAGAGUAAUGAUGGGUUAUCGGAUGAUUUGGUAAAAAGUUUAAGCAUUAAACAGAUUUACAAGUUGAUUCCUAUCGUUUAUAAGCAAGCAAUAGAAGCAACGAAUAUAAAGAGAAUCGACUUUAGUGUAAUGAACAAUGGACUAGACUACUUAUCGCAAUUAUUUCUAAUACCAGUUAAUGUUUGUUUGAUUGAAUGGAUGUUGCGAGAUCCAAGUUUGAAAAUGGACUUGAAGUACAAAAUUUUGUCUGAGCUCAUAAAGACAAGUUUACAAAAUGUGGGAGAAACCCCCAGUCUCAUAUUCAAAAUCAUCUUGAAUAUAUGUGGUCCAGAGAUAAUGAAACAAUGUCCCGUAACAGAAGUGUAUCAAAUAAUUACUCCUCAUGUGCACUACAACAAUGUUGAAAAGACUACUCCCAAGGAGAAGAUGCCCAUUUCCAAUAUUAGGGAAAGUUUCAAGAAUAUCUUUACUGCUGAUACGUCACAGUAUAUUGAACUAUUUGAAAGCUUUGAGAAAUUUCUUAAGCACAACAAAUUGGAAGUUGUUCAGUUUACAAUCCAAGAGCUUUACACUUUUCAUACCAGAUCCAGCGAAGAAAACUUGAAGUUGUUUAUUAAUCUCAUGGUUUCUAUUUUUAUUUGGGAUUCGAUUGAAAAUAAUGAGGAUAAAUUGUACUGGAUAGAAAAACUCAAUGCAGAUGUUGACCGCGCUGAUUUAACAACAAAGACAACUUCAUCAUUACCAUCUGCUACUUUUUCUACCACUACCACUUCCGAAGCAAAAGAUCUUAGCUUCAACGUAUCUAUCGAUUAUCAUUACUCUUCAAUUUUCAAUGAUGAAGUAGCAGCUUCAUCAAUGAAUGGCGGCGGUAAAGAUGCAGCUGAUGCUAUGGAUGAUAUGGAUGAAUUUCUAAAGCAAGACGAUGAAGAAGAUGACCAGAAUGAAGAUAUUGAAAUGAAGAUUGCAACAAGCGAAGAAUUAUUGAAAUUCAUAAAUCAUGUACACCGUGAAGACUGUUUAUUAGCAUACUUUAAGAGAGUCAAAGAUAAAACUAAUGAGUCCAAUUUGUUUUAUACUACAAUCAAAAUUUUGAAUGAGAAAAUAUUAGAAGAUUUAAGUAGUCGGGAAAUAUGA